GGUCCUGUCGUCGGUAUCAGACUACUUUGCGGCCAUGUUCACCAGUGAUGUCAGAGAGGCCAAACAGGAAGAGGUUAAGAUGGAGGGGGUGGACCCUGAUGCAUUGUGGAUGCUGGUGCAGUACGCUUACACAGGUCGUGUGGAGUUGAGUGAGGACACUAUAGAGUGUAUAUUGUCAGUGUCAUGUCUCCUCCAGCUGCAGUCAGUGGUCCAGGCCUGCUGUACCUUCCUCAUCAAACAGCUCCACCCCUCUAACUGUCUGGGAAUCCGUAGCUACGCAGAGGCACAGGGCUGUACACACCUCCACCACACUGCUCACAGCUACACCAUGGAGAACUUUGUGGAGGUGGUUGGAGGUCAGGAGUUUCUCCUCCUCCCUCUAGAAGAGAUGGACAGAUUGUUGUCCUCCGACGAUAUGAACGUUCCAGACGAGGAAACCGUGGUUACAGCGUUGCUAAACUGGGUCCGCCACGACGGUUCUGCCCGGCAACCACACCUGCCCUCGCUCCUCACUCACAUACGACUGCCUUUACUGCAAGCACAGUUCCUAGCAGACCUGGAGUGUAACCCUCUACUCAGAGAUAGUGUGGAGUGCCAGAGGCUUUUAAUGGAAGGUAUGAAAUAUCAUCUCCUGCCUCACCGGCGCCCCCUGCUGCAGAGCCCCAGAACCAGACCUCGUAAAUCUACUGUAGGAGCCAUGUUCGCUGUGGGGGGAAUGGACGCUACCAAAGGAGCCACCAGUAUAGAGCAGUACUGCCUGCGUCGGGAUGCGUGGCGCCAGGUGGCGGUGAUGAGCGGGCGCAGGCUCCAGUUUGGGGUGUGUGUUUUGGACCAGCGUCUGUACGUGGCGGGGGGCCGGGACGGACUGAAGACCCUCAACACGGUGGAGCGGUACGACCCAGACAGCGGCAGCUGGAGCAUCAUGACACCCAUGGCAACACACAGGCACGGGCUGGGUGUGACAGUCCUUGGGGGUCCUAUGUAUGCAGUAGGAGGCCAUGAUGGGUGGAGCUACCUCAGUACUGUAGAGAGGUGGGAUCCUCAGGCUCGUCAGUGGAGCUUCAUCGCCAGCAUGGCAACACCUCGAUCUACUGUAGGAGUAGCUGUCCUCAACGGAAAGUUGUAUGCAGUAGGGGGUCGUGAUGGAAGCUCCUGUCUGCGCUCAGUUGAGUGUUUUGACCCCCACACCAACAGGU